AUGCAUCUGCAGGCCUCCUACACCUACCUCUCUCUGCGCUUCUACUUCCACUGCAAGGAUGUGGCUCUGGAGGAUGUGGGCCACUUCUUCCGCCAGUUGGCUGAGAAGCUUGAGGGUACUGAGGUUCUCUUGAAGAUGCAAAACCAGCAUGGCAGCCAUGCCCCCUUCCAGGAUGUGCAGAAGCUGUCCCAAGAUGAGUGGACAGACCUCCAGCUCUGUGACUUCCUGGAGAACCACUUCCUGGAUGAGGAGGUGAAACUCAUUAAGGAGAUGAGCGACCACCUGACUAACCUCCACAGGCUGGCUGGCCCCCAGGCUGGCUUGGACAAGUAUCUCUCUUCCAAAAGCUCACCUGAGCAUGACUGGGAACCUCUGAAGCCCAGCAGCCUUUGA